AUGGGUAUUCCAAGCCCUGCGCUAGAACUUCAAAAUACAUCUUUAUGUGAACCUUUAAAUUACUCAAUAAAUUGUCACGACGGUCUUACAUAUGAAGCAGAUUAUGAACAAAUUGCAUAUGACAACAUCUCUGUGAAGUCCAAUGUGUCACACAGUAGUUUGAUGCCUCAUAAACCACUAAUUCGCAAUAAAAGAUCAAGAGAACUCUUUGGGUUAACUCUAGAAAAUGGUAUACCCAGUCCUAUAACUCCGGUGGCAAGUUUAAAAAGAUCAAGUAACGUUUUGAGUGAAGAAAGAGCUCAUAAAACUAGUAAAUUAGAUGAAGAAUUACUAUCAACUGAUAUUGUUACACCUAUUAUAGAACACAAAUCAUCAAGAAGAUGCCUCACAUACUCUCCAGAAGAGAGUAGUAUUAAUAGUAGUGAAGAAAAAAGAAGAAGUAUAGUUAGUAAUCGUUUAGAACAAAGUACUGAUCGAUUUCAAGCUCUCAAGGGUACUAUAGAUUUAGAAAUUAAAACUCAGGAUAACGUCAUUGACGUGCACGUUAUACGAUGUCGAGAUUUGCAACGAUGCACAGGAAAAAUGGAUGAUGUAAACGCCUAUACUAAGAUUGUCAUCAGCGGAGUACCUGAAAAUCAGUCCCUCCCAACUCAAAGGUCGAUAUUCCAACGAACUUCCGUGCUGUAUGGAAAAAGAGAGCCAGAAUUCCAGAGGCAUCUAAAGUUACCCGUCCCUUCAGUUGUAUAUGAUCAUCAAGUUCUUCACAUCUCUGUUUGGCAUAGAGACAAGAAAUAUCGGAGGAGCGAGUUUCUAGGAUGUGUCUCGUUCCCACUGAAAGAUGCAAUAUCCAGUGAUAUAUCUGGCACGUACUUCCUGCAAGGGUCAAGCAAGCAGACACCAAAUGACAGAACUGAUCGACUGACUGAAGACAGACGCAAGAUGGCUACAGACAACAUCGAGACAAGUACUAAUGAUGGCACUAAAGAAAAUCACAAUGAUAAAGGUGUGGCAGCAAACGGGCCAUCCUCCACGGCCGCGAAUCAGGCUCAAACAGUGGCGGCAGCUCUUCAGAGGGAAGCUGAUGAACAUCUGUUCCUCCGGUAUUUGGAACUCGACCCACCCGAGGAUCCUGCAGCACCAAGAAAGUCGCAACGGAAUGGCAGAACUCCCUUUACAACGACUAGAAAACUCGUCAGAGGAACAGGUGGUGGCUUCGGUUUCACUGUGGUCUGGACAAGGCCACCCAGGGUGGAGAGAGUGGCUGCAGGAGGUUCAGCAGAAAGAGCUGGCUUGAGAGCAGGGGACUAUCUCGUCUUCGUAGGCAAUAAAAACGUAGUCACUGCCUCUGAAGAGGAAGUCAGGACUCUUGUCAAAUCGGCUGGUCAGAUCUUAACUCUGGAAACAUUCAGAAGAGUGCCUCACAAUGGGUCAGCAUCAAAUCCAAGACCACGUCUAGCCCAAGUGACAAUACCUGUAGAAUCCACGCCUCCUCCUGCACCUCGUUCGCCGAGAACUACAGUGUUAGCGUCUCCAGCGACACAGGCGAGGCCACCGACUGCCUGUUCAUCGACUAGCCAGUCACUAGACAGACGCAAACUACAUUUACCCCAAGUCACAUUCUCCAAAGAGGUCGGUAAUGGCAUCAUUGUCUAA